CCCUUGGUCCCUACAGGUCAGAAGCUCUUACUACUUGUCGCUGCCACGCUGAUCCUGCAGCAUAGUACCACCGUUUAUGGGUCUGGGUCUUCAGGGAGCAUCAACAUGGCACGGCCUGGCUGCCCAGACAGGUGUGGUAACGUCAGCAUCCCGUACCCGUUCGGCACUGGAAAGGGCUGCUUCCAAGAACCCUUCAGUGUUACAUGCAAUGAGAGCAGGGCAUAUCUGGCCUCAACCGGAGUUAGGGUACUAGACAUCAACCUUACCUUUGGUGAGGUUCGUGUUCAGAACCCAAAGAUAGCAUCGCAAUGCAACUACACCAACGGCACCAACAGCACCAGUUUGGCUGGCUUAAGUCUUGAUCCUUUUCAUACGGUUUCCAACACCAAGAACAAGUUGAUAUCGAUCGGGUGUAGUAUGCUUGGAAUGAUCGUAGGAGUGACCAAGGGCAAGAACCAGCUUGAGUUACCCAUUGUCAACUCAUGCUUUUCAUACUGCACUGACGCAAGUAGCGUCGACGAUAGCACAGAGUGCGCUGGCAUGGGUUGCUGCCAGACCCCCCUUCCAGGAAACAUCAGCUCCUUCAACACCACAUCUACGCCAGUACCAACUGUAUACAACGCUACCAUCCAGUCUUUCAGCCCAUGCAGCUACUCAUUCAUCGCUGAGGUGGACUCGUUCAAGUUUGAUCGUUCAUAUGCCAGCUCUACAAAUUUCAGAACUAAAUAUACGGAGGGGUUUCCUUUGGUACUUGAUUGGGUUGUUGGUAAUGGAAGUUGUUCAGAAGCUACCAGGAUUGGGUCACAGAAUGCCUGCCAAGCCGUGAAUAGCGAAUGCAUUAAUGUGUCCAAUGGCCCUGGUUACCGCUGCAACUGCGCUCAAGGUUAUGCGGGUAAUCCUUACCUACAAGGAGGAUGCCGAGACAUCAAUGAGUGCGAACAUCCAAACAUGCCCUUGUAUCCUUGCAAAGGAUUCAGGAGCGAUGAUCCAAAAAGUAUACCCUGUGUUCGAGCUGACUCAAACAAAGCUCUGAAGGUGGCCUUAGGCACAUCCGCUGGUGUAGUCUUCCUCAUAGUUUGCGUGUUUGCUCUACGGGCUGAGUAUCAGAAAAGGAAGCUGGCAAAAGAGAAGGAAAGAUUCUUCGAACAGAAUGGUGGUCAGAUAUUGUACCAUGAAAUUAUGUCAAAACAAGUCGAUACAUUGAAGAUAUUCACGCAGGAAGAUCUGAAGAAGGCUACAAGCGGUUUUGACGAGAGCAGAGAAGUGGGCAAGGGGGGUCACGGCACAGUGUACAAGGGCAUUCUUAAGGAUAGCAAGGAAGUAGCCGUGAAGCGCUCAAAGAUCAUGAACGUGGCCGAAACUGACGAAUUUGUGCACGAGAUUAUCAUCCUUUCACAGAUCAACCACCGGAAUGUGGUCAGGCUUCUAGGGUGCUGCUUAGAGGUGGAAGUUCCGAUGCUGGUCUAUGAAUUCAUCCCUAAUGGCACUCUCUUUCAGUUUAUCCAUCGUAACUACGGAAGUCCACCUCCCUCGCUGGACACCCGUCUCAGGGUCGCACAGGAAUCCGCUGAAGCACUGGCGUAUCUGCAUCUGUCCAUGAACCAACCUAUAGUACACGGAGAUGUCAAGUCUAUGAACAUUCUCUUGGACGAGAACUACAUGGCGAAAGUGACCGACUUUGGGGCGUCAAGGAUGCUCCCCAAGGACGAGGUUCAGUUCAUGACAUUAGUGCAGGGCACCAUGGGCUACCUGGACCCUGAGUACAUGCAGGAGAGGAAGCUAACAGAGAAGAGCGAUGUUUACAGCUUUGGCGUCGUGCUUCUGGAACUGAUCACGGGGAAAACAGCCAUUUACCACGACGGCCCCAAGGAAGCCAAGAACCUCGCAUCGUCCUUCCUGCUCGCGAUGAAGGAUGGGAGCCUUGAUGACAUCCUGGACGCGAGCAUAGUGGGCGACGGGAUGGAGACGCUGCUGGGAGAAGUCGCCGAGAUGGCGAGUAUGUGCUUGAGCACCAGGGGGAAAGAGAGACCUUCCAUGACCCAGGUGGCUGACAAGCUGAAGGCUCUGCGAAGCACGUGGAUGGAGAAACUGGUGCUCGAGCAUGGGAAAAUAGAUCGUCUGGUCGCUGGCUCCUCGCCUGCAGAUUUAAUGCUUUGCGUUCCUCCGUCGCCGAGCGUGUUUUCGACUGGGGCCCAGAUAUCUGAAGUAGGUAUAGAGACACCCAGAUGAUAGUUUCAGUCCAUAAU